UGAGCAAAUCGCCGCGGUCCCUUCGUUCACGAUCAGCUGAUAUUCGCCAACGUGACCGCACGUGUGGGGUAAAGAAGACGGGACGAGGUGAACGAGGUGGACGAGGUGGACGAGGUGAACGAGGGAGACAUCUUCGGGACAGGUUUGUGGACGGAGACGAUGGCUCGCACGCACAAGCAGCGCGCCAAGAAGUCCAAGCUGAUGAAGGUGAAGAGGCGCACGCGCGACCUGGACCAGGUGCACGGUGACAUGCGGCCGGAGAGCGCCGGGGCCCUACUGCACCAGCCGGAGGACCUGGACCUGCCCGGGAACGCUCAGCACUAUUGCCUGCACUGCGCGCGGUAUUUCAUCGACCUGCAGACCCUGAAAGUGCAUUUCAAGACUAAAACACACAAGCAAAGGCUCAAGAGGCUGCGGGAGGCGCCUUUUUCUCAGGAGGAGGCCGAGAGAGCUGCUGGCAUGGGCUCAUAUCAGCGACCUGCCCAGGUGAAGGUGCAGACACAGCCAGUAGAGGAAGAGGAGGCCAUGUGUGCAGAGACCACGGGUCCCACCCCAAAGAAGCAGAGCCGGAGCACUUAACCAUCCUCAAUAAACAUGUUUAAGCAA